AUGGCAGGAUUGCCCAGAAUAGAAAUAUACCCUCCCACAGCGAGUCUUCUUGUUACGGAAGAACUUCGGCGAGCGUAUGAACGCGCCAGCCAUCCAGACCUCCAAGAAACCGCCACCAGACCCUUGUUUGAAGAGUUUCUCAACGAGUUCCUAAGAAACCGAACUUUUCCAUUGUCCAUAUACGGCGAACAGCAAGUCGACGAAAGCCACCGCCGUGUUGAUAUUGCAGUGGGAUUCCAUGACCCUUCUCUAAAUUUGAUAUUUGUGCUUUUGUGUGAGACCAAACGCAACAAUGUCAGGGAUCUACUGGAGUUUGAGGCGCAGAUGCAGGAUUACGGCGACAGGUACAUUCACACAUCAGCUGAUGGUGAUGGCCGUGCGGUAUAUCCAUUCGUUUUUGGGGCGACUGCGUAUGGAACUAAAAUUCGUUUUUACUCGUACACGAGAGAACAUGGAAUCUUCGAACAGUCGAGACUCUCAGAAAACAGUCCUUUGCUUGAGACAAGCGUAAAUUGGGAUUUACGUACAGAUGGUGUUAAGAUUCAUCAGGCACUGAUGGCUAUCUGGAACUACCGCAAACAACUACAACUAAUGGUUGGUGCAUGA